GAACCUCGUCUUUAAACCCCGUGGGUGGCAAUCCUUGGAUGCACCGUCGAGAUGCCCAGGGAAGACAGGGCGACCUGGAAAUCCAACUACUUCCUCAAGAUCAUCCAACUUCUGGAUGACUACCCCAAGUGCUUCAUCGUGGGCGCGGACAACGUGGGGUCGAAGCAGAUGCAGCAGAUCCGCAUGUCCCUGCGGGGGAAGGCCGUGGUGCUGAUGGGCAAGAACACCAUGAUGCGCAAGGCCAUCCGCGGUCACCUGGAGAACAACCCUGCCCUCGAGAAACUGCUGAACCACAUUCGAGGGAACGUGGGUUUCGUGUUCACCAAGGAAGAUCUGACGGAAGUUAGGGAUAUGCUGUUGGCCAACAAGGUACCAGCCGCGGCCCGCGCCGGUGCCAUCGCCCCUUGCGACGUCACUGUGCCGGCUCAGAACACCGGCCUGGGUCCCGAGAAGACCUCCUUCUUCCAGGCUCUGGGCAUCACCACCAAGAUCUCCAGGGGCACCAUUGAAAUCCUGAGCGAUGUGCAGCUGAUCAAGACCGGAGACAAAGUGGGCGCCAGCGAAGCCACCCUGCUGAACAUGUUGAACAUCUCCCCCUUCUCCUUCGGCCUGAUCAUCCAGCAGGUGUUCGACAACGGCAGCAUCUACAACCCCGAAGUGCUGGAUAUCACCGAGGACGCUCUGCACACUCGCUUCCUGGAGGGCGUCCGUAACGUGGCCAGUGUCUGUCUGCAGAUUGGCUACCCGACAGUUGCUUCUGUGCCCCAUUCCAUCAUCAACGGGUACAAGCGUGUCCUGGCCGUGUCUGUGGAGACCAAUUACACCUUCCCACUUGCCGAAAAGGUCAAGGCCUUCCUCGCCGACCCUUCGGCCUUCAUAGCCGCAGCCCCGGUGGCGGCGGCCAAACCGGCCGCUCCGGCCGCCGCCGCCGCCGCCUCCGCCCCGGCCAAAGUUGAAGCGAAGGAAGAGUCGGAGGAAUCCGACGAGGACAUGGGAUUCGGCCUCUUCGACUAACCCACGACAGACCGUUGCCACCGGUUUGCCAAGAGAAACAAAGGGAAUAAAGCGCUCGUUGCCUUCUG